AUGUCCACCACCAUGUUCCCCGUUCCGCUCCUCAGACCCUUCCACUCCCCCAACUCCUUCCACGCGCCAUUCCCCACUGCCACCCCAUUCAAUAGCCAUUCCAACGACAGUAGCGAUGUGGGUAGUAGCACCGCGCAUCUCGCGGUGGAAGACAUCUACAAGGCGCCAGUCUUCAAGCAGUCUUUGACACAGCUCACGUCGCAUUUUGGACAGUCGAACUACGCCUUUUUCAAGAAGAUCAUAUCCGAUAUCGCCGACGUCACCAAGGAGCGCCGUGUCUCCGCCUGCGUAAUCAUCACCCGCCCGCCCGAGAUCAUCGCCUGCUUCAGCAUCGCAGACGUCCCCGCCGGAACCGAGCUCUUCGUCAUCUUCGACUCCCACCCGCGCCCGGAGAAGCACCCCCACGGCGCCGCGUUCAUCUUCUACAACUCCGUGCGCGCGGCCGCACGCUACCUCGCAGGGCUCCUCCACUUCGACGAGGACAUCUUGCGGGAUGUGGACGUACAGUGGCAAGCACAGCUCCUCGGCCACUGCUCUGGAGACGUCUUCGUCGCCGCCGAGGCGCCCCCGAACGGCGCCAAAUGGGCCGAGACUGCACUCGAGGCGAGCCUGCAGGUGCUCAGCUUGGAGGCACAGGUGCGCGAGCUCCAGGAGAAGGCGCAGUCACUCGAGGACGACAAGAAGCGGAUCCGGCUGGAGCUCGUCGGGGUCGAGCACGACCUCAUCCAGAUGGACGACUUGCUGCGGAAGGAACAGGAGAAGAACGAGCGUCUCAGGCGGAAUGCCAGCGCGGCGAGAGACUAUGGGAAGGCGAAGGAUGCGUCUGAGACGCGACUGAACGGCAAUUCCCAAGGCGAGGGCAGCACGCAUCGCAACGGCAAGUCUGAAAGGCGUCGCGAGACGCGGCGCGACCAGAUGAGGCGCGAAGACGAGGCUAAGCGUUCGACUGCCGAAUCCACCAAACUCCCCGAGCCUACCGAACCCGCCAAACCCGUCCCCGACAUCGAUCCUGUCGCGGUACAGCUGCAGAUUCAGUUCGACGAGGAGAACCGCAAGCUCGAGCAGCAGAUGCGCGACCUCCAGGCUAUCCAGCCCGAGUUCUUCGACUGUGGUGUUUGCUUCGAGAAGUUCCAGGAGGACCAUAUCGCGCGUGUGGAACCGUGCGGCCACACGUACUGCCGAGACUGUCUUAAGGGGCACGCGGUCUCAAAGAUCGACGAGCACCGGUACCCGGUCCUGUGCCCCUUGUGCACUGCGGACAGGACGCGCACCGACCCGCCUGGCGGUACGUGUGCUCGCGAACAGUACGCGAUCUUCGAGGAGAUGCAGAUGAACAAGUUCUCCAUCAUGAUCCACUGCCGCAAGUGCCAGCAGACGCUGUUCGUGGACAAGGCCGAGUACCAGGAGACCAAAAUUAUCCGUUGCCCGCUGAACGACUGCGGGUACUUGUGGUGCAGGCUGUGCUCGCAGGAGGUCGACCCCUUGAUGCCGGAGCACACCUGCGACGGCAGCAACGAGCUCGAUCACCUCAUGAAGGAGAAGGGGUGGAAGUAUUGCCCUCUCUGCCAGACCCCCGCCGAGAAGAUCUCCGGGUGCAACCACAUUGCUUGCGGGGCACCGGGCUGCAACUCGCACUUCUGCUACCAUUGCGGAGCGCUCAUCGUGCAGUCCGCCUUGCCCGCUGAGAUCAACGCGGCAAAAACCGCGCACUACACUCAGUGCACGAUUUAG